AUGCAGAUAGAUGCGUUAGAAUGCAUAUACGCCCAACCGAAAAAUGUGCUGUUCAUUCACGAAGGAAAAAAAUAUAUAGAUAUCCAACUGAAUCGAACAUGUCAGUCAGCUGAUGGGUUCAAUAGAACAUUAAUAGAGCUACAGUGCGAAACAGAUAUUGAAAAUAACGAACAUUUUGUAAAUCGGAAGGAAUGGAGGAUCAAGAACUGUAUUUUAUAUGUGCCAUUUGUCACUUCAAAAGCUUGUCGAAACGAAGAUCAGUCAGGUGUCCACAAAAUUGAGCAACCACAGUACUCAAUUGGAGACGUUGAUAUUGUGCAUGAUCCCCCAAAGGAGCAAGCUAAAGAGCGUGAUGUUACUGUCAGCCAUACUGACAUUCUUUAUAAUGAACAGAAUUGCACAAAAUUCAUUAAAAAUAACUAUACAGGUUAUACGUUCAAUAUAUCUACUCUAAACUUCCAGGUAAAGGUCAUUGGAUGUCCCAGCAUAGCUUUUAAUUACAGUAACAAUUCCGUUUCAAUCGUGUAUCCUGCCCACAGUCCUUGCAUAAAUGGUCGCGAGGUGCAAAAAAAAUGGGCUAAUUUAAGGACUUGCUUUCGUCGAGAAUUAAAUGCACAAAAAAACACUAAAUCGGGACAAGCUGCGACCAAGAGGCGUAAAUAUGUCUACUUUGAACAGUUAUUAUUUUUACUCCCAUGCAUGGAAAACCGACGUACUGAAUGUAAUCUGGAGGAGGACAAUUCUCAAGAAAAUGAUGAGGAUGAUGAGCAAGCUGGACCAUCUGCUUCCACCCCUAUUCGUCAGCGGAAGAAGAGGCCUAAUGUAUCGAAGCAUACGGACUUGGAUGAAGCAUUAUUAAAAUCAUUAAAUGCGACUAAUGCUGAUGAAGAUGUAAACUUUGCUUUGUCUCUAGUCCCUUCACUCCAAAAUUUAACCGCAGAAGAAAAACUGGAUGCUAAAAUAGGUAUUCUGAACGUGUUUAAACAGAUAAGACUAGCUAGGUGUGUUCAAUCUACUCAGCCAACAUAUAGGUACAACACAGUACAGCAACCUAUGUCCUCUUUUCCUCUUUAUCGAGGGACUAACAACAUGCCACCACAACAACAAUCACAGGCUUAUACAACUAGGUCUACACCAUCCCCCAAUUUGCCACCCACAACCAUUCAAAACAUUUCAUCACCAGGCAACUCCAACGAGACACAAAACGACUGUGAUAAAAUGGUCGUUAAUCAGCCAGAAGCUUGUAAGUUAUUAGAAAAGGCUCCUGUUAGCGCAGCAUAUAGUGCGGCAGCAGUAGCAGGAACUGUGAUACUCAACGGCGACUGAAGUUGAACAAUUCUCCUAGAUCUAUACCAAAAUAUUUCCACCAAUACCAAAAGAUGAGAAUGGUUAGUAUUACAUUACCCGUAUUGAGUUGUUGGUUUAGUCUAUUUACAUUUGUUGAAAAAUAUAUAUGUUAAGCACCCGCUAGAAAAAGCAACUCCCGGCAAAAGUACAAAUAGUACUGUUUUGGGGGUUUGUUAAAUUUUUAUGAAACGAGAUAACGUAUUUGGCAAUUAUUUACAAAAUACACUUUCAAAUAAAAAAAAACAUUCCGCGUUUCAGUAAAUUAGUUUCAAAUCAAUUUUUUUAUUCGUUGUGGAUGUCAGUGAAGUACUGGUGCCACCAUAUUGUGAUCUAUUAACAAAACGGUGCAAUUUUUGUUGUGAAUAAAUUGGAUCAAGUGUCUCGAAAUGUUUUCUUAGUCUCGGUACAGCUUUAGAGAGAAUUUGUAUUCUCGCUCUAGAGCAGUAUUGCUCAAAAAUGCAGGGUAUAGUUUUAGUUUCUUGAAAUAGUUUCGUAUGUAUUAAUUUGCUAUACACGUUGUCCCAUUUUAAUCUCCCUACCUAAAACUGCACAUUUAAAAAAAAGAUGUCAAACAAAAGUUGUAGGGUUUCGAUGAGGUAAAAUGAUGGUCACUUAGACAAUGACCUUUAAGGUAUUUUCAAGGUCAAGUCAAUAUUUUCAAAUGAAACACCCCCUUUUUUCAUAUCGGAAUUAAAAUGACGAGCAAAUUUUACGUCUCUCUUGGCCACUGCUUUCAAGGCCAUUUCAAGGUUAAAUAAAGACAUAGAAAACAAUUUGUUCUAGCAAAAAUGUUCAACAGCAUAGUGUGAUUUGUGGGAUCACCCAGCGGCGACAUCUUGACCAUGAUUUUUAGGGUCAAGUCAAAAUUCUCAUAGGAAACCUCAUUUUUAUACCGGACAUGCAAAAAGCGAAAAAUUUCCCGCUCUUUCUAUUUCCAGUAUAAAAAUUAGAGGUUUUCUUUGGAGAUUUUGACUUGACCUUGAACGUCAUGGUCAAGGACACCUCUGACUGAUCCUCACAAACCUCACAACUGUUCUGUCGAACAUUUUUGUUAAAACAAAUUGUUUUCGAUGCCUUAACUUGACCUUGAAGUGUCUUGGAGGCAGUUGUCAGAGUCAUGGCCAAGGUUCGGACGAAAAAUUUGGUCCUCUUUUCAAUUCCGAUGUGGAAUAUAUAUAUAUAUAUAUAAUAUAAAUAAAUUUCACAUGCAGCUACUUAUUUGAGGAAUGCUUUAAUGUAAAAUAAUUUAUUAUUAGUUUUAAGCGGUAAUGCCCAUUUUUAUUUUAGUUCCUUAUAGCGAUGUGUCAUAUUUCUGAUCGCAUUUUUUCGUACACCUGAGGUAUUAAAUUGAGUUCUGCAGUGUAAAUAAUCACAGAUUUGUAAUCAUUGACAACAUAGAUUUAUGAGAAUAAAUUGAAUUCUUUGUUUAAAUGCAGUCUUUACAUAUACCGGAGACAGUGGAAAAAGAUCAAUGGAAAAUGCUUCUUACUAAAACAUAUGGUUGACAUGUUUAAAAAAAUUCGCGUACAUAUAAAUACUUUUUGUACCAUGAUUUUGAGACACUUGCAUAAUUUGCAGAAUAUUAUAAAUCAACUUAGUACGAAUAUAUUAGUCCCAGUAAAAGAAAGUUCACUCACAACGUACUAAAGUACCAAAUAACUACAUAAAUGGCUGUGUUCCUAGAGUAUAUCCUAUGUGAAUUCCAUACAUUAUACAGGGUGUCCCUGAGUGAGAGGGUAACCUCCAGAUUCAUUUAAAAUGUAAACGUUAUGAACUCCUGUAACAAAAUGUCAUAUGAGGGUACAGUACUCUCAAACGCGAUACUAUGAUUUAGUUUUCUCUCGAUAAUCUGCGAACUAUCGUAGUAUCCUCAAAAUCGUUUGUCACCCUGAGCGAGUGAUUGUGUUUUCAAGUUAUAUUUAGGAUUUGCUUCUUCAGUGUUCAAUUUUCUCGUAGGGAAGUGAGUAGAACAUUUUUUAUACAAACUUAUAACAUAAUACUCUAUGUGAAUGUAAUAGUUUGCUUAUACAAAUUUCAAGGGACACCCUCUAUAACACAUAUAUUAAUCGCAGAAUUUCUUGUUGAUCCAAGAUCACUCUAAUGUAAAAGUUUAGUGAGAUAUAUGGUUAUAAGAUAUAUUAUUUAAAAUCCGUCUGAUGUAGUAGUAGUAGUGGUGGAGGGCGAAGCCUGGUAACUAGGCCAGCCUUGACCUUGUUGCCGACCCCGUUGGACCAACACUAUACUACACAUGCUAUCUAUUGAUACCAGAUAAUUGUAACAAUGUGGUACUGGCCUGAUCUGGUGCGUAAUCCUAACUUAUACAACACUAAAAAUUUGUAUUUCUACUUUUAAUAGCGUUUCUAAAUUUCCACCUUUGGUAGUACAUAAGUUCACUCCUUCCGAUAAUGUGACAUAUUACUGGUAUCAAUACUUUGAAAAGUUAAUUUCAUUUUUCUUCAAAGACUCCCUUAUGGAGGACCUAAUUAACUAAUAUUUCUAACAUUAACCAUACUUCUCUUAACCAGCAUUCAUUCUGACGUUUUUCUGAAUAUAGAGAUUCCUAAAAACGUAUUUAGUUGUAUUAUUUUUCACGCAUAAUAUUUUUUUGUCACAUUCUUAGUUAUGUACACAGAGGAUACUACUGAUAUAAAUAGCAUUAAGGUAUUGUUAUCAAUUUAUAUUCACGUCCUUAAACUGGAAAAUGGCUAGCUGAUUCGUAUAUGUAUUAUUCAUUUACAGAAAAAGAAAAACAGAACAAAACCCGUAUUCGUAUAAACGUUUAUUAGUCUAAUCAUAUUAGAUGAAAAAUCCCCUGGUUUGCGAAAUAAUGUUUGGUUUUAUCGAUGCAAUUUAUUCAGGGGGUGUUUAAAACAUGGACGAUAUUUUUAUGCGAAAAAUAUAAGGUUACGUUUUCUUCUUAUAAACAAAUUCAAACAUCUCUUAGAUGUGAGGAUUCGAACAGAUGCGUUACGGCAUUCGAAAAACAAAUCUUAUACACAUUUUGAAACAAAGCGGAUGUGUCUACUCUUUGUUUUGAAGAAUUUUUUUUCGAAAUUUCUUACAGUUUAUAAAAAAAUAAUUUCAUACUGAAACGCAUUGAAUUGUUUAAAAAUUUAGCGCGCAAACUGAAGACGUAAUUAGGUUUCAAACUGUCUUAGCCCAGUUAAUUGCUGCAUGACUUUAUCAAAUAAGUAGGUCACGUAAUCCAGUUUACUUUUUGAAGAAAUAUAAUCUGGACGUUUUUUAUGAGGUUUAUAUAGGUUUGUUUUCCAAAUCAUUAAAACAGUAGACAAAUAUCAACCAGUGGUAGCGUUGUACUUUGACCGCGCUUCGGAAAUCUGAACAUCACAAACGAAGGUUUUAGUUCAUUUUCAUUACUUUUCAAGGAAGGCAAGCUAAUAUGUCUUCAGAAAUUUCUAAAUGUAAAUGUUCCGGUUACGAUACUUGCAUACUCUAUGUCAUGUGAAACGCUGUUUAAUCACCAUAUAAAAGUACACGUUAGAAUAAAAAAAUUAUUCAAAAAAAAAGAUGUAUGUGGUUACGAACCUGCGUCCUAUGUAUCCACGACACCACGAGUCCUGAAUGAUAAAAAGCUAAAACUUUGAAUAAUAUAUUCAGUGUAAUAGUAAUAUUUUAUCUAAAUUUUCAGACAGGCAGUUCGAUACAAUUGGUUGAUAUUUUUCUACGGUUUUUUUGCUUUCUCGAGUUUGCUGUAUAACACUUUUCGGGUUUUAAUGGUACGAGAUUUGGAAAACAAACGUAUACCAUAUCAGAACUGAGAAAAAAGUCCAGGUAAUCCUAUUUCUUCGAAAUAGAAACUGGAUUACGUGAUCUACUUAUUUGACAGUCAUGCGGCCAUCAUUCUUAGCACAUACUACAUACUAACUGGACUAAGACAGUUUGGAACAUAAUUGUGUCUUCAGUUUGAGUGUUAACUUUUCUAACAAUUCAUUGUGAAAUUAUGUUUUUUUUUAUAAGCUUCGACGCUUAUCUUUCAUCGAGUGAAACUGUCAGCUCUAUACACAUCUUUUUGGAAAAAAUGCCUUGCAACAAAAAGUUGUAGGAACAUCCGCUUUAUUUUAAAAUGUGUAUAAUGUAUGUUUUUCAAAUAUCGUACACAUUUGUUCGAUUCCACACAAAUACAAAAUGUUUGAAUUUGUUGAUAAGGAAAAACCUAGCUUUUUAUUUUUUGGCCUGUGAUUUGCCAUAUAUCGACGAGGUAAAUUCGUAUAUUUUGGUAUGAAAUAACCCUUGAACGUACGUUGUUUUUUUGCUCCAUAAACUAGUAUUGAUGUUUGGAAAACAGGUGUUUCAGGAUAAAGAAUUAGAAAUUCUCAAAAACUUGACCGAUCGAUUCCAAUUUUGUUGUGGUAAUUUAGAAGUAUUUGACCUAUGCAUUUGAGGAAUUGCAAGUAUCUUUUUGGUCAUAACUUUUUUGCUUUUAAUGGGACGUUUGUGUAUGAUCUUAUUUUGUAGGUCUCUUUAAGUGCCUAAAAAUCUCAUUUGAAAAGUCGUUUCGUUCGACUCAACAAUUUCGAUUGGAUCCCAAAAAACGCGUCCCACGUCGCAUUUCCCACAAAAAUUGGUGUACCGAUUUAAUGCGUCUAUGUUUUGCAUAUCUCUCUGACCAUUACAAUUAUUUUGGGGAAAUUUGCUAAUACGGUUAGACUAUAUAUGAUAAGUCAACGUAUGAUUUUAUGUAUUGCUUUACACAAAGUAGUGUCACCCGAUUAAUCUAGCGAAUGAAAAACUUCAUCCCAACUGUGCCCAAGACUGCAUCUGCCAUGUUGGGCGAUAUAUACAUGUCAGCUAAUUUAAGGUAUCUUCAUCACGGAACCGAUAUGAAGUUCAAAGUAGACUCAGCAAACUUAACAACUUGAAAUAUUAACAGAUCUGAACAUGAGUGACGGUGCUGUGGUGCUUGAGUUAGAGUGACGUCUUUAAUGAUGGCCAAUCGCGUGAUAGCAUUUAUGUUGUAUUUAUUUAUUUAUUUUCUGUUAUUUUAAUUUUAGGGCUUUGCGGUUUAUUGACUGAAACAAGAUUGAAUAUACAUGCCAGUAUAUUCAUCUACUCUUUAUUUAAAACAAAUAUGUUUCAUUUUCUUUUUCUGAACAUCAGCGCUAACUAGCCA